CUACCAUUACUUUCUCAUCAUCAAUUCAUCACCAUCUUCCACAAUCCAACGUUGCCGCCGGCAAUAAAAUCAACCGUCCGCCACCCUUUGUCGCUCACCUCCGCCGUUCACGCUGCCAUCACCAUGAGCUCCACCUUGUCGCUUUGAACCAAUACAUUUUUAAGUUUUACCUAUCCCAGUUGAAUCCUUCUUCUUCUUCAUUCCAGGGAAUGGCGGUUGUGCGAACUCUUGAGGUCUGGAAACUGGGAGUUGUCAACUAUAUGAAAGCAUUGAAACUGCAGGAAAAGCUGGUUGUGGAUAGAAAAUGUCAUAGGAGAUGUGAUACUCUUGUGUCUCUGCAACAUCCACCUACAUACACUGUUGGCAAAAGACAAACGGUUCAUAAUUUAUUAAUCCCUCACUCGGACUUGGAACGGAUUGGAGCUGAACUUUACCACACACAACGGGGGGGAGACAUUACAUUUCAUGGUCCGCACCAAGCCGUUUUAUAUCCUAUUAUAUCACUUCGCGACUUGGGACUUGGUGCUCGAAGUUUUGUGGAAAAAAUUGAGUUAACUAUGAUUGAAUUGGCGGGUCUAUAUGGUGUGAAAGCUUGUCCUGGACAAGCUGGUGAGACAGGGGUAUGGGUUGGUGAAAGGAAGAUAGGUGCAGUUGGUGUUCGGAUAUCUAAUGGAAUCACUUCUCAUGGGAUGGCAUUUAACAUUGAUCCUGAUUUGAGCUAUUUUAGCCACAUUGUUCCCUGUGGAAUCACAGAUAAAGGAGUGACAUCUUUGAGAAGGGAGACAGAUUGUGAUCUUCCUGCUGAAGAUAUAAUACAGGAGCAAUUGAUCUCAUGUUUUGCAAGAAUCUUUGGCUAUAGCAACCUGAUUUGGAAGGAUGAGGCUUCAAUAUUUUCUGAUAAAAAUGAAACUGAAUGAGAGUUAGCUAUUUUAGCUAACUGAUUGUGUAUAACAAUAUCAUUAUUUCUUAUAUUCUUUUGAAGUAUUUAACCAAUAAAACUCCUGUUUAUGUAUUCUACACACACA